CUCAACCUCCUGGUAAGUCUCCAUGCUCUUUUCUGCAAUGUCUCCCAGGUUGAUGUGUUCCCUUUUUCGUUUCAGAUCUCUUAACUGCGAGUUCCGACGCGAGCCACGCACCUGCAAAGAUGCAUCAUGAUAACCCAUCCGAUGUCUUCGACGAACGCCCUCCUAAGUGCCCGCAGGUUCAACUGCGAGUUGGCCCAGCUCCACAUCACACCCCUGCUGUCUCUUCGAGCGAGCACCUUGCCUCCAGGGCAAGGCAGAAGUGCCGUGGUGCUGGCACUGCUGCUGCACCAGGACCAGGUGCCGAGCCUGUCGCGUCGUCCCUCGUUGCUGGUGCUCACCCUCCCAUCCCUGAUGGACUGAUCACCAUGGAUCCUAGCGAGAUCUGCGUCAAGGACCCGUCGCCAGCUCCCUGUGCAGCCAUGCUUGUUGAGCUGGUUGCUGCUGCCUCCAAUGGCAUGCAGUGCUCCCUCGAUGCACUGGACGUGACCUCCCACGAAAUUCAGCUCCACCUCGUGGCGGAGGAGCAUGCUGACAAGGGUACCAACGAGGCAUACGCACGCCAUGUCCGCAAUUUUAUUGCCUACUGGGACAGAUACCAAGCUGAGAUGGUUGCUGACACCCCAGCAUGGACCUCUGUCCCCGCGCUGCCAAUCUCGGCAGCCAAGGUGUUCAUAUUUCUCAACUACGAGCGAACCCAAGAAAAGCGGAAACCAGGAUCGAGCGACACCAUCCCUGGCUCAAAUGUCGGGAAGUCUGUCAUCCAGCAGGCCAUCAGUGCCCUUGAGGACUGGUGGAUGAGCCACCACCACCUUUACCUUGGUGUGCCUGAGGCUCAAGUCUGGCUGCGUGACGACAACCGCAUCCGGCAAAUUGAGUCUGCCGCCAAACACAACGAGCCAAAGCGUGCGGAGAGCUCCCAGGUGCUCAAAGCCUCUGGGACCACUUCAGAUGCAUAUACCACUGAAGAGCUCACAAAGUGCUCGGCAUGGUGCCUGGCAAAAUUCUUGGGCACUCGUCAGGUGUUUGUCGGUCUCUGUGACCGUGCCAUGCUGCUAUUUGGUGCCUCGACAGCGUUGCGAGGCGAAGGCACCAGAAUGUUGCAGCUGUCUGAUCUUUUCCUCUCCGAAGUUUGCAUAGAUGACAUUCAGUUGGGGUACACUGUCCCGGUGCUUGUGGCACUGGCUGACAAUGCGAAGAGCAACCAACAUGGUCGUCUUGAUGAGCAUGGCACCCUGUGA